GAAGCCGGGCCGGGCCCCGCGAAAGCAGCAGCAGAGCCAGCUCCUCCUUCUCCUCCUCCUCGUCCUCCAUGGCUGGAAGAUUUCUUGAAAGAUUCUUAGACUCCUUCAGCUUGCCAUGCUUAGCCUGGAGCCAGGCUUGCUGCUGCAGGUUGUGCUGCUAACAUCGCACAUGUUUAGAGGAAAUGGCUCUUGAAGUUAAAUGAGGGCGGAUAGAACACAUAAAUGAAGCAGAAGCUGCUCUUCGUGUGUUAGGGCUAUAUCACACCGCAAGCACUGCUGAUCAGCCAGAUUUGGUAACUUGUCAUAAUGAAGAAAAUUAGUCUCAAAACAAUUCGCAAGUCCUUUAACUUAAAUAAAAGUAAAGAUGAAAGUGACUUUGUAGUGGUUCAGCAGCCAUCAUUAAGUGAAUUUGGAAAAGAUGACUCCUUGUUUGGCAGCUGCUAUGGUAAAGAUUUGGCUAGCUGCGAAGUCAAUAGUGAAGAUGAAAAAGGAGGCAAAAAUAGAUCAAAAAGUGAAAGUUUAAUGGGUACGUUAAAAAGGAGGCUUUCAGCAAAACAAAAGCAGAAAGGCAAAGGCAGCACUCCAUCUGUAAGCUCUGCAGAUGAUGACACAUUUUCUUCCUCAUCUGCUCCAAUAACCUUCAAAGAUGUGCGAGCUCAAAGACCGCUGAGAUCCACUUCCCUCCGUAAUCACCAUUACAGCCCAACUCCGUGGCCCCUUCGACCUACUAAUUCAGAAGAGACUUGCAUCAAAAUGGAAGUGAAAGUCAAGGCCUUGGUCCAUUCCUCUAAUCCAAGCCCAGCACUGAAUGGUGUUCGAAAGGACUUCCAUGACUUGCAGUCAGAAAAUGUGUUCCAGGAACAAACCAAUGCAUUAAAAAAUACGGAAUCUCAGAACGGGGACUUGCAUCUUCAUAUUGAUGAACAUGUGCCUGUAGUUAUUGGAUUAAUGCCUCAGGACUACAUUCAGUAUACUGUGCCUUUAGAUGAGGGAAUGUAUCCUUUGGAAGGAUCACGUAGUUACUGUUUGGAUAGUUCCUCACCCAUGGAAGUUUCGACUGUUUCUUCUCAAGUGGGGGGAAGUGCUUUCCAUGAAGAUGAGAGCCAAGUGGAUCAGGAUGUAGUUGUUGCACCAGAUAUCUUUGUGGACCAGACAGUGAAUGGUUUGUUUAUUGGUACCACAGGAGUCAUGUUGCAAAGCCCAAGAGUUAAUCAUGGCGAUGUCCCUCCACUCUCACCUUUGCUACCUCCAAUGCAGAAUAAUCAAAUCCAAAGGAACUUCAAUGGAUUAAAUGGCACAGAUGCCCACGUGGCUGAAAGUAUGCGCUGCCAUUUGAAUUUUGAUCCUAACACUGCCCCAGGAGUUGGAAGAGUUUAUGACUCUGUACAGAAUAGUGGUCCUAUGGUUGUGACAAGCCUCACAGAAGAACUGAAAAAACUUGCAAAACAAGGAUGGUACUGGGGCCCUAUUACACGCUGGGAGGCAGAGGGAAAAUUAGCUAAUGUGCCUGAUGGCUCGUUUCUAGUUCGAGAUAGUUCUGAUGAUCGUUACCUUUUAAGUUUGAGUUUUCGUUCCCAUGGAAAAACUCUUCACACUAGAAUUGAACACUCAAAUGGUAGGUUUAGUUUUUAUGAACAGCCAGAUGUGGAGGGACAUACGUCUAUAGUUGACUUAAUUGAACAUUCAAUCAGGGACUCUGAAAAUGGAGCUUUCUGCUAUUCAAGAUCCCGGCUGCCUGGAUCUGCGACUUACCCAGUGAGACUGACAAAUCCAGUAUCCCGGUUUAUGCAGGUGCGCUCUUUACAGUACCUGUGUCGUUUUGUAAUACGUCAGUACACCAGAAUAGACCUGAUUCAAAAACUGCCUUUGCCAAACAAAAUGAAGGAUUAUUUACAGGAAAAGCACUACUGAAAGCUUACGGGAAUCUUGCAUCUUGCACUUUGGGAACAACAACAACAAAAAGAGAUUGAAUUACAGUUUACAGACUUUCAUUAUUAUCAAAAUCUUUUGCUGCCAUAAAAAUAUUUCAUUUUUGUCCGUAAAAGAAAAGUAACGCAUUUGAAUUUAUGUUUGUUUUGGGGGGUUUUGUGUAUUUUGGGAGGCUUUUUUUUCUUGUUUUAUUUUGUUGGAAAGAAUGAUCUCAAGUUUAUUUUUAGAAGUGUGAAAUAGCUAUCUUUCAUCAAUGUGCAGAUUAAUCACAAUGUGAAUGAUCAAAUUCUCCUUAAUUUCCCCCAAGUCCUUUGCUGCUAUCCACUGUGAUUUUUAUGCAUUGAAAGCACAUUUCAUGUGUAUUCAACGAUAAGUAAAAGUCAAAUUAAACUUUUUGAAUGGAUUUUUUUUUUCCUUUAAAACAACCUCUGGAAAAAAAGAGCAUGGAUAAAGAACAUAUUGGUAUUCUAAAUUACUGAUUUUACAUCUAAGUUAAAAACUGUUUCCUAGUGUUAUAAUUAGACAUUUCUAUAGAGAUAUGCCCCAAUGUAUAGACAGAGCUGUGUGAUAAGAACUUGAUUAUGCAGCAUAUCUUUGGGAAAAAAAAAGCCUUCCUCCUAAGCCUUGUACUGUCUGCACACUCUUGAGUUUGAGAAGGUUGGUUCAGCCUUCUUCUCGUCUCACUGUUUUAUCCUCUAAAAAUGGCCUUUAAAAAACAGUCUAUGAAAGUCAUUGCAUAGUACCUAGAAGGAAAUUGUGGUAUUGGGGUCUUGUGAAAUAUUACCUUUUCUAAUCAUGCCAUCAUUUAAUAAAAGAACACCUAUCAGGUCCCCUUUUUCUUCCUUUUCCCUCCUGCCAGCUCUUACAGAGUAAGGGAGGGAAGUUUCCUGGAUUUGUAGGAAGACUCCAGGAAUUGUUAUCAUGGGAGCAUAAAUUUAUAAGCCAUUUUGGGGAUGGGGUAAAACUUGUAAUAGGAUGAUUUCUACCAUAUUUAUGUUCAAGCUACUUGAAAUUUUAUCAUUUUCAAUUUUCUACUUUUUUUCUUUCACUUUAGAAAGUACAGUAAUACACUAAUGUCCUUUGGAUAAUUUUCCCCUGUUUUCUGUAUCCUUUAAGGAGGAAGGAACAGGACUGAUAACAUUUUAUGUGGAAGAUGUUUAAAAUGCAUCUCUAAAGUGCUGUUCUCCUAGCCUUUCAAAUUAUUGGGAAGAGUUGUUUGGAUAUACAGUGACCGCAGAAAAUGUUUCAGUUUGCUGUUAUGAAAUAUGUUUUGACAUAUGAAAUAUUGAAUCAAUUAAGUAAGUGUUUAUGAUAUCUGUCAAAGAUUCUGGCAUUUGAAAAGCUUACAGUUAUUCUAACCUUCUGUAGGGAAAAAAAGACUUUCAGUGGGGAGUACAGGUUCUACACCAUAAUAUUUUCAUCAUGCAAGGUUAAUCCAUGGCAUUUUCCUGUUUUAUUUCAGUUUGGUUUUCUUUUCUGCUGUGUUUUUAUCACUUUUAUGAGUAACUUGAUAAAAGGGUCAUAGCGGGCUUGGGAGGGAGGCCUGCCUCUGCCUUGCUGAGAGGCCUUUCUUUGCAUGCCUCUUCCCCCUCUUUUGUAUUUUAGAAUGUCAUAUUCCCCAUCUCUGGUAGAAGUGGCUAAUGAUUAAAGAUCACCUUAGGAAGAAAGUCCAUCUUUGAUACAUCUUUCUUGUUUGGAUCAUUUUCUUCUCCUUAUUUAAUCUAGCAUUUCUUUCCCCUAAAAUGAGUCUUUAGAAGUGAAUACAGUAUUGCUGCAAGGUGGUGCAGUAGCACUACAUCUUGGGUUGCCUGAAUUGAUAGACAAAAUUUAUAUUUUUUUAAUUUAUUUUUUGACCAUAAUGUUUAACUAAAAAAUAAAAAAGAAAAUCAAAGGCAGAUAAAGACUGCCUUUGCUUUUAAGGGAGGGAGAAUAAGGAUUUCCUCUUUAGUCUGAUAAAGUUUUAAACUUAAAAAAAGAAAAUAAUCUAGAGCAGUCUAUACAUGUAAUUUGUUGGCUCUGCCAUGAAAAUAUAUGUGUGAAAGGGAGAAUUCUGUUUUCUUUUUUUUCCUCUACUGACUUCUCCCCCUACCCAGUCAUGUCCCAUUCCCCCUCCCCUGAAUCAGGAUUACUAACUUUAUUCAAAAAGGCACAAUAACCUAUUGUAUGGUACAGUGUUCUGAUUCUGUCUGUGGAGAGGAAAAAGAAAAUCAUUUUUAUGGAUUUCAGAUGCAUACUUUUGGAAGAAAACCUCUGGCAUUUUCUUCACUUUAAAAAUUCUUUCCCCGUACUAGAGGGCCUAUGCAUUCUUUGAAAUCUUUGAAAGAGUGUAUAAAAUAUUUUCUUUGCCAUCUAAUACCACUAUUGAAUACAUUAAACAUAUGUUUAUACUGUGCCACAUGCAUUAAAUUAGCAGUCAUUGCAUUGAAACCUAGAUAUUUGAAGGUAUAAUAUCCUGGUCUUAUUGUGGAAUUGAAAAACGUGCAAGAACACACAUGCUAAAAUUCUUGCCCAUGCCUUUAUAAAUUUCAGUUGUUCACUCAUAAAUGAUGCUUUUUAAAAAAACCCUUCUGUUUCAGCUAUCUGGUUUUUGAAUUGGCUUCCUUGCUGUGUUUUUCAUCUCUGAACUUAAUCAGGUCAAGUUAACUUUGUCAUUUCACCACCCUGCCAUAAAGCUACCACAAAAGGAACACUUAAAAGUAAUUGAGGUCUAGGAUUGUGAGAACAAUAGAGCACUUUGCUUCUGAAUAAAAAAUGGUGGUGAUAUUUCUACUAAGCUCCAAAUACUUUAAAUUGGUAGUAAGUAGACAUGAAUACUUAUUUUUACAGGUUUCUUUAAUCAGAACCUCACAGUAUUUUUUCAUACUGAGGUAUCUGGUAGCCAGGAGAAGGAACCCAGAAAAAAUACUUUGAAAACAUUAAAGAUACUUAAAAUUUCUAAUUAUAAAGAUUAAUAUUAAAGAAACACAGUAACAUGUAGUUAUGAGUCAAUUUAGAAGCACCCAGAAUAACCACAAAAUUUGUGUUGACUUCUGCUUUGUGAAAAUUAGAGGAACAAAGUGAUGUUGACAAAUAAAAGAAAGAUGAUUGAGGAUAUUUUGAGGACCUUUGGAAGUAAAUACACUAGGAAUAAAAGCUAACAGACUAUGAUCCUUAGAGUAGAAAAAUGGCUAUUUAUGCAGCACAACAGUUUAAGGGUUCAAAAGGUAUGCUUUUUAUACAAUGGAAUUGAGGAAAAAUGUUUUGAAAAUGAAACUUUAAAAUAAAACUCCUUUUUUUGUGUGUCUGAAAUGAUUGACGUUAUUGAUAACUUUGCUUUACCAAUUAGAAGAUUAAAACAACACCUUGUAUUUGGAAAUAAUAAAUUUGCACAAUUCCCUCUG